AUGUCUGCACAUCAUGCCCUGCUGCUGGGAACUUGCGACACGAAGCUGGAGGAGCUUCUCUUUCUGAAAGGCGAAAUCGAGCGCUACGAUGUCAAGGUAACCCUGAUUGACGUGGGCCGAACUCUUACGAAGCAUGAAGCCAUCACCAUCAGCCAGUCGAAAUUACUGCAGGUGUAUUCAGAUGGAAAAGAUAUUAGCCAUCUUCCUCGCAACCAAGUUCUCAACACCAUGGCCAACUGCGCCACCCAGCAAGUCCAAACUUAUUUCCAUUCGGGCGAUAUUCAUGCCAUUGUCAGCGCAGGAGGCUCCUGCGGGACUUCGCUUGCUGCGCAAGUCAUGAGAGAUGCGUUACCGAUUGGAUUUCCAAAGAUGAUCGUUUCCACGGUGGCCAGCGGACAUACUGGGCCGAUUGUGGGCGAAACAGACAUCACGAUGGUGUACAGCGUCGUUGAUAUUGCGGGCUUGAAUCAAGUUCUGAGAAAUGUUCUGAGCAACGCGGGAGCUGCCGUCGCCGGCAUGGCACGAGCCUACGCAUCGAGACUAAGUACUCGAGGAGCUGGCUCACAGAAAAAGCGCGUUGGUAUCACCAUGUUCGGCGUGACUACUCCGGCUGUCGAUGCGAUACGGAAACACCUCGAAUCCGGCCAAGAAGUCGAAACAUACAUCUUCCACGCGACUGGUCAUGGUGGCAGAGCUAUGGAGCGCCUGAUUCGCGAAGGGCAGCUUGAUGCCGUAUUGGAUUUGACGACAACCGAGAUAUGCGAUUAUCUCACCGGCGGGGUAAUGAGUGCUGGCGAACAUCGUCUGGAGGCUGCUGCAAAAGCUGGUAUACCCAAUGUCGUAUCCGUGGGCGCGACAGACAUGACAAACUUUGGCCCUAAGAGCACGGUGCCGGAACGGUACAAAGAUCGCAAUCUUUACGAACACAACCCUGUCGUGACACUGAUGAGAACCUCGAAAGAUGAAGCACGGCGAGUUGGGGAGUUCCUUACUGGAAAACUGACUUCUUAUUCGAGCGAUGUGGAAAAAAUAGAGGUCUGGCUACCAAUGGGGGGUGUCAGCUUGCUGUCAACGCCCGGUGGGCCGUACGAAGACCGAGAAGCGGAUCAUGAGAUGUUUGAGGCGAUUAGGAGGGGUCUUGAGGGUAGCGGGAUUAAGAUCGUGGAAGACAAGCGCGCUAUUAAUGAUCAAGGAUUGGCGCAUGACAUUGCAGAAGCGCUAUUGAAGAAGAUGGGCAUCAGUCGCAACACGUCGUGA